UUUCGAGGAUGGGAAACUGAUGGCCUAUCUCAUGUUGGAGGCUAGCCGUUCACUCUGAAGGUGCAGGAUGAAAACAUGGAACAGCUGCUUGUACCACCAGGUCCAGACAGCUUCCGCCCGUUUAGUCGUGAGUCCCUCAAAGCCAUCGAGGCGCGGAUCGCCGAGGAGACAGCCAAGAAGUCCGAGGGAGAGAAGGAAAAACGUGACGAUGAGGAGAAUGAGCUCAAGCCCAGCCGUGACCUGGAGGCAGGCAAAUCACUUCCUCUUCUGUAUGGGGACCCUCCUAAAAACAUGGUGUCGAUACCGCUGGAGGACCUGGAUCCCUACUACUGUAAUCAGAAAACUUUCAUAGUAUUAAACAAAAGGAAGAGCAUCUUCCGCUUCAACGCCGCUCCUGCCUUGUACCUCCUGAGCCCCUUCAACCCUCUCAGAAGAAUAUCACUUAGGAUUUUGGUACACUCAUUGUUCACUAUCGUGAUCAUGUGCACCAUCCUCGUCAACUGUGUAUUUAUGACUUUUAGUACAGUGCCUGACAACUUAAAGCCUGUAGAGUACACAUUUACUGCAAUCUAUACGUUUGAAUCCCUGGUUAAAAUUUUAUCUCGAGGGUUCUGCAUAGGGAAGUUCACGUUUCUAAGAGAUCCCUGGAACUGGCUGGAUUUCAGUGUCAUUGUCAUGGCGUAUGUAACAGAGUUUGUCAGCCUGGGCAAUUUUUCAGUUCUUCGCAUAUUCAGAGUGCUGAGAGCUUUAAAAGCCAUUUCAGUUAUUCCAGGCCUGAAGACCAUUGUUGGUGCGUUGUUCCAGUCAGUGAAGAAGCUUACUGAUGUGAUGAUUCUCACCGUCUUCUGCUUGAGCGUCUUUGCCCUCAUAGGGUUACAACUGUUUAUGGGCCAUUUCAAGCAAAAGUGUGUGUGGAACCCUGACAAUUCAACCUACAAUGGUACGACAGAGGAAACUUUCGACUGGGAAACGUACAUUCUCAAUAAGAGUAAUUUGUAUUACCUUAAAGGCAAACGAGAUCCAUUGCUUUGUGGAACUGGCCGUGGCGCUGGGGAGUGUCCGGAGGGGUUCACUUGCAGGAAAGUGGGAAAGAACCCGGACUAUGGUUACACCAGCUUUGACUCAUUUGGUUGGGCCUUCCUCUCUCUGUUUAGACUGAUGACACAGGAUUACUGGGAAAACCUUUACCAGCAGACGUUGCGGGCAGCUGGAAAGCCCUACAUGAUCUUUUUUGUGCUGGUGAUAUUCCUCGGUUCCUUCUACCUGAUCAACCUGAUCUUGGCUGUAGUCGCCAUGGCCUAUGAGGAGCAAAGCCAGGCCACCCAAAAGGAGGAGCUAGAGAAGGAGGAAGAGUAUAAGGCCAUGGUUGACCAGCUGAGACGGCAGCAGGAGGACGCUCAGGCAGCAGCAACUGCAGCUGCUGCAGAGAGUGGGGAGGCCAGCAACAAAGCCAGCGGCCCUGAGAGCUCCACUGACACCUCCAAGCUCAGCUCCAAAAGUGCCAAAGAGAGGCGAAACAGGCGAAGAAAAAGGAAGGAAGAGGAGGGCAAAGAGGCUGGUGAGAGGGUUCCUAAAUCCGAGUCACAGGACAGUAUGAAGAAAGCUCGCUGCCGCUUCUCUGUGGAUGCAAACCAGCUCAACUAUGACAUGAAAUGCUCAUUAGCACAUCAGUCCUUUCUGAGUUUUCGUGGACCCCUGUUCUCAUCCAGACGGAACAGCCGGACCAGCCUUUUCAGUUUCCGGAGCCAAACACGAGACGCAGGCUCAGAAAAUGGAUUUGCCGAUGAUGAGAACAGCAUUUUUGAGGACAACCUGAGUCAGAGGGGCUCUUUGUUUCGUCCCCUGAGUCGUGAUCGACGCAGCAGCAGUCUGAGCCAGUGCAGCUUCUUGGCGCAUCUCCUACUUCCACCCAAUGGGAUCAAGCAUAGCUCUGUAGACUGCAAUGGGGUUGUGUCUCUGGUGGGAGGGAAUUCGCUCCCAUCGUCACCUGUGGGGCUCCUUCUACCUAAAGUGACAGUAGAUAUGGCUUCCAUUGGAGACAAUGCCGACACCACAGACAUGGAAUACAGACAGACCGGUGGAGGAACAGAACAGAAGUUCAUGGACUUCCUUGAGGGCCCAGAGGCCAGGCAGAGAGUUCAUAGUAUAGCUAGUGUCAUAACCAGCACAAUGGAGGAGCUCGAAGAGUCAAGGCAGAAGUGUCCUUCUUGCUGGUACAGUUUUGCCAACAUCUUCCUAAUCUGGGAAUGUUGUCCUGCAUGGCUAAAGAUCAAGAGGGUGAUUAAACUAAUUGUGAUGGAUCCAUUUGUGGAUCUAGCCAUCACCAUCUGCAUCGUUCUCAACACACUGUUUAUGGCCAUGGAGUUUUAUCCGAUGAGCGAGAGUUUUAGCAAUAUGCUGGCUGUGGGCAAUGUGGUAUUCACUAGCAUCUUCACAGCUGAAAUGGUCCUCAAGCUUCUUGCUUUGGAUGCAUACUAUUACUUCCAGGAACGAUGGAAUAUUUUUGAUGGAAUCAUUGUCAGUGUAAGCUUGAUGGAGCUUUGCUUCUCAAACUCGGGUGGCAUGUCUGUUCUGAGAUCAUUCAGAUUGCUAAGAGUAUUCAAGUUGGCAAAAUCAUGGCCCACUCUUAACAAAUUGAUCAAAAUAAUUGGUAAUUCAGUGGGGGCCUUGGGCAAUCUGACGCUGGUGCUGGCCAUUAUUGUCUUCAUCUUUGCUGUGGUGGGCAUGCAGCUGUUUGGAAAAAGCUAUAGGGACUGUGUGUGUAAAAUCUCUGCCGACUGCACUCUGCCCCGGUGGCACAUGAGUGACUUCUUCCAUUCAUUCCUCAUUGUGUUCCGAGUGCUUUGUGGAGAGUGGAUAGAGACCAUGUGGGACUGUAUGGAGGUGGCUGGGACGACCAAGUGCAUCAUUGUCUACAUGAUGGUCAUGGUUAUUGGAAACCUUGUGGUGCUGAACCUGUUCCUGGCCCUGUUGCUGAGUUCAUUUAGCGCUGACAAACUGGAACCAACGGAAGAUGACGGCGACAACAAUUUGCAGAUUGCCAUAGCACGGAUUCAAAAGGGCAUUGCCUUCCUCAAGUCCCAUCUUCGAAGCAGCUGCAAUAGCGUUUGCCUCAGGAGAAAGAAGAAAGGGAAGGACGAGGACAAAACCCUGAAUGAGCUCCACAAACCUUUAGGGCCGAACGGUGUCCCCAACCAUACCAUCAAAGACUUUCCUAAGAGUGGAAAUGGUGAUGUGACUGGAGUGGACAAAAAUGGAGACAAGUACAUAGUCAGCAGCAAGAGUGAUGAUUCUAUAAUGUCUUUCAUCAACAAUCCUAGUCUGACUGUCACUGUUCCUAUUGCUGUGGGAGAGUCUGACUUUGAAAACGUCAACACGGAGGACUUCAGCAGUGCCUCGUCUGAUGUAUCAGGAAGCCAUAUGCCUGUAGACGACGAUGGCGAGAUCAGCUCCUCUGAGGGCAGCACAAUAGACGGUUUGCCAGGCGGGGAGAGAGGAGAGUCUGAAGACUUUGAAUCGGAAGAAUGUAUGGAACCUGAUGCCUGCUUUACUGACGGCUGUGUGCAAAGAUUCCAGUGUUGUCAGGUAAAUGUGGAAGUGGGCUGGUGGAAGGUGUGGUGGACGCUUAGAAGGACCUGUUACCGAAUUGUGGAGCAUAACUGGUUUGAGAGCUUCAUCAUCUUUAUGAUCCUGCUUAGCAGUGGAGCAUUGGCACUUGAGGACAUCUACAUUGAGAAGAGGAAGACCAUUAAAACAGUGUUGGAAUUUGCAGACAAAAUCUUCACCUACAUCUUCAUUCUGGAGAUGUUACUGAAGUGGGUGGCGUAUGGAUAUGCCAAGUAUUUUACAAAUGCCUGGUGCUGGCUGGACUUCCUCAUUGUUGAUGUCUCACUGGUCAGUAUGAUAGCCAAUAUCUUGGGAUUUUCUGAACUCAGUGCCAUCAAGUCUCUGAGAACCCUGCGAGCUCUGAGGCCCCUGAGAGCACUGUCUCGGUUUGAAGGCAUGAGGGUGGUUGUCAAUGCCCUGCUCGGAGCCAUUCCUUCCAUCUUCAAUGUGUUGCUAGUGUGUCUCAUCUUCUGGCUCAUCUUCAGCAUCAUGGGGGUCAACUUAUUUGCGGGGAAGUAUGGCAAAUGUAUCUGCAGAGCCACAGGCGAGUCAUUCACCCCAUUAGAAGUGAAAAACAAGACAGAGUGUGACGGCAAACUUGGCGCUCGCUGGAUGAACUACAAAAUCAACUUUGACAAUGUCGGCUCAGGUUACCUUGCACUGCUGCAGGUGGCCACAUUCAAGGGCUGGACGAACAUCAUGUAUGCUGCUGUGGACUCUCAAAGCAAACAAGAACAACAACCGGAAUAUGAGAUCAACCUGCUGAUGUACAUAUAUUUUGUUGUUUUCAUCAUAUUUGGAGCCUUCUUCACACUCAAUCUCUUUAUUGGUGUCAUCAUAGACAACUUCAGCCAGCAAAAGAAAAAGUUUGGAGGUCAAGACAUCUUCAUGACUGAGGAACAGAAGAAAUACUACAAUGCCAUGAAAAAGCUGGGAUCCAAGAAACCACAAAAACCUAUACCUAGACCAUCAAACAAAAUUCAAGGAUACAUCUUUGACUUCACCACAAACAAAGCAUUCGAUAUUGUAAUAAUGGUUCUGAUAUGGCUUAAUAUGGUAGCCAUGAUGGUGGAAACUGAUGGUCAGUCAGAACAAAAGGAAAAUGUUCUCUACUGGAUUAAUUUCGUGUUCAUUAUCAUCUUCUCUGGAGAGUGUUUAUUGAAGAUGAUCGCACUUCGCCAGUACUUUUUCACAAAUGGUUGGAAUGUGUUUGAUUUCAUCGUCGUCAUCCUGUCAAUCAUUGGUGUGUCUCUCUCAAAGGUGAUAGAGAAGUAUUUUGUUUCGCCAACCUUGUUCAGAGUCAUCCGAUUGGCUCGGAUUGGCCGCGUCCUCCGCCUUAUUAAAAGUGCCAAAGGAAUCCGCACACUCCUGUUUGCCUUGAUGAUGUCACUUCCUGCUUUGUUCAACAUUGGUCUCUUGCUCUUCUUGGUGAUGUUUAUCUAUGCCAUCUUUGGCAUGUCAAACUUUGCUUAUGUCAAGAAAGAAGACGGCAUUGAUGACCUUUUCAAUUUUGAGACAUUUGGCAACAGCAUGAUCUGUUUGUUCCAGAUCACCACCUCAGCAGGGUGGGAGGGCCUACUUGCUCCAAUUCUUAACAAACACGAAGAUGACUGUGACAGUUUCACGGAGCAUCCUGGCAGUCGUGUUAAGGGAGACUGUGGGAAUCCUUCUGUGGGGAUCGCCUUCUUUGUGAGCUACAUCAUCAUCUGUUUCCUGAUUGUAGUGAAUAUGUACAUCGCAGUUAUUCUAGAAAACUUUGGUGUGGCCACUGAGGAGAGCACAGAUCCACUAAGUGAGGAUGAUUUCGAAACGUUUUAUGAGGUCUGGGAAAGGUUUGAUCCUCAUGCAUCACAGUUCAUAGUGUACAAUACACUGUCAGAAUUUGCAGAUGCUCUGGACCCACCAUUACGCGUAGCCAAGCCUAACAAGAUGGAACUGAUCUCUAUGGAUCUACCCAUGGUGAGUGGUGAGCGCAUUCACUGCCUGGACAUCCUGUUUGCAUUCACAAAGCGUGUUCUGGGCGAGGGUGGGGAGAUGGACAUCCUAAGGGCGCAGAUGGAGGAGCGCUUCAUGGCCUCCAAUCCUUCCAAAGUGUCCUACGAACCCAUCACUACCACCCUCCGUCGCAAACAGGAGGACACAUCGGCCACCAUCAUCCAGAGAGCAUUUAGAGAGUACGCAAAGAGACAGGGUGCCACAAAGCCAUUUGUCGGUUCCAGUGAUUACAUUGAAAAGGAUAAAACAUACAAUGACAAAGAGGAUGUUGUCACAGACAAGCUCAAAGACAUUUCCAGCGCUGAUAAAAGUGAACUGACACCUUCAACAGCCCCUCAAAUUUCAUCUAACAGUGUGGCAACAAAUGGAGCAAACAAAUAUGAAAAAGACAAAAGUGAGAAGGAAGUUGAGGGCAAAGAUGUCAGAGAGCAAUAUACGUAAAAAAAAAUAUGCUGGAGAUGCAACAAAGACAUUCUAAUUUAUGACAAAAUGUUUACAACC